GUAGCAGACAUAACUCCACCACUACCACCACCACCUCCCCACACUGCACUGUUAACCUCGUCAGCUCCACGCCUUCCCCCCCACAGCACGGGUAGCAUCCUCCUCUUUGCAUAACAGGACGAAGCCUCGUCUGCGGCGCCGCACCGGAGCUUCAUGGCCGCGACACUGACGAUGAGCGGCGGCGGGCAGGAGGAUCCCUUCUUUCCGCUGCAGAAGGCGACCCUGCCCGCUGGAUUCCCCCUAGAGGAGUCUGCGUUGUUCGGCUUGGACUGCAAGAUCACAGACACGGACAAGGCUGGACAAAACGACUACACUCAGGCAAAGUGUGAGAUGGAUAGGUAUCUCUCCCCUCAAUCUCUUCCCCUGCCACCUCCAUCAGAAAGCCAGCAGAAGUCGCAGAGAGACUUGGUGGAUCACUUUUUCACAGAUGACCACACAGGGGCUCCGUACACUCUCAACAUGAAUCUUUACCUCCCCGAAGCCUCCUACUUAAGGAUGGGUCUGUGCCAGCAGACGCGGCCCCAACAAAACCAAACAAGUCUAACACAAAUCAAAACAGAGUCUUCAUCGCCGUGUUUCUCCCGAAACCUGCAGCUGCACUGCCCCAACACUACACCCACCAGUACCUGCAGUACACAUGGCCCCAGCAGCAUGGCCAUGGAAACUUCAGCCAUUAACAUGACGCUAACAGGGUUACCAGACUUCACUAGUGUUUUCAACCAAUCAGGAGGUGGGCGCGGUGGAGGUGCAGUGCCAGAGGUGUUUGUCAAACAGGAGAUGUCUUCGCAGUUUGAGCAGCAUGCUCUCCACCACCAUGACAACAGUGGCUCAUUGUUUCAGCUGUUAAACUCCGGCUUGGACCAUCACCAUGGCAAUGGUAUAGAGGCUCAGCAUCAUCAGCACCAUCAUCAGCAGAUACAGCACACUUCCACGUCCACAAUCCACACGCCUUUCCACAAUUUACCGGUAGCUUCUUCUGCUUCUCAGCAAGAGCAGCCUACAAAGCCUGCGUACUGCAGCCUGGGUGGAGGAGCAUACACCCACCCUCACGCUCAGGCACACCCACAUUUUCUCCAGCAGCAGCCGCCCUACCUGCCGCCCUCUCCCCCCAGCUCGGAACCUGGCAGCCCUGACAGGCAGAAGGAGCUGCUCCACGCCAUGUCCCCUCCUCCCUCAUACGCAGCCACCAUCGCUUCCAAACUGGCAGGCAGCACCCCCGGACACGGACCCGGCCCGGGACCAGGCGGGCUUGCCCUGCCCCUCACAACGGGUCCUUCAGCAGCCCCUGGCCAGGCCACAGGCCUUCCACAGGCUCCUGCUACAACCCCAGCACCAACCACAGCUCAGACCACUGUGCCUGUUCGCUACAACCGGAGGAACAACCCAGACUUGGAAAAACGUCGGAUCCAUCACUGUGAUUAUCCAGGCUGCAAGAAGGUCUACACCAAGUCGUCUCAUCUGAAAGCCCACCUCAGGACUCACACGGGUGAGAAGCCGUACAGGUGCACAUGGGACAGCUGCGACUGGCGUUUUGCUCGUUCAGAUGAGCUGACCCGUCAUUACCGGAAGCACACGGGCGCCAAACCCUUCCAGUGUGCCGUCUGCUCACGCUCCUUUUCCCGAUCCGACCACCUGGCUUUGCACAUGAAGAGACACCAGAACUAGCAGCGUUUGCACACACACUACAAAAACACAUAAAGCACUAUCCUUAAACACAUAAAGCACUCAUUCAAAUCCUCCACCCUCCAACAGCUACUACUUUACAAGCUGCCGGAUGCAGAGCGGCUCUCCCUGACACCACAGCUCCUCCUGGUGCUGCUAUCAUGUGCUCAAAUGGUACAACAACCUAACAGAUGUGUUGCUCUUAAGCCAGAGUUGGACAGUUUGGAGGUUUUUAAGUAGAAAGACCGAAGUAGAAGGUCCCUGAACCUCUGAAAGUAGUUGGUAAUGAUUUCUUUGGAUGACUUCAAAGAAGAAAAACAAAAAAAAAAGGAAAUGGUAGCUCAAAAAUGUGUUUCCAGUCUGUUUGAACUCUUUUGUGUGACUGGAAUGAAAGCACUUACCACUCAAAACUUGUAUAUCUUUUGUCCCUGUUCUAACAAAGGAUUAGCUUCAUAUUUUUUUUAAUUAAGGAGAAGUGCUUGUUUGCAAAACUAGCCAAGCCAAAUCUUUGUUUACUCCUCGGUUUGUUAGUUUUUUUAUUGUAUAACUGGAAUAUCCAGAUUUGAUCCUUCGGUUUGCACUAGAAUUGGGAAUCUAAGUCUGAGCCUUUCUGGCCAAUGUUUCUCAUUCACCACUGGAACGAUCACUUAUCACUACUGGACUGAAUCUCUGUGAACGCCAUACCAACCAUUGCUGUUUCAGAUAUUAAAAAUUGAAGGCAUUUAUACUCCGGAGAGAGGGAAGAUUGUGGAGAGGAAAAAAAAAAACAAGGGAGGGGAUGGAGAUGGAGAUGGAGAUGGAGAGAUAGAAAGAUUUUAGAUUUUAGAACAGAGGGAGGCGGGUUGUUGCUAAAGAGCAGCAAUUAGAUGAUGAAUUAUUCAUGCCGUCUUUUUGAUGGAUUCCCAACCAGAUACAAGCAGAACGUGUAGAUGAGUCUGAGAAAUCACUCAGUUAAAACUAAACCGACUGUAUUUGAUGCACAUGCUUGAAUUAAGCAUCUUCAAUUUCUUUGACUUCUUUCAAAUGUUUUAACCAAAGUUUCGUCUUCAUCAUCAACACCUUAUUAAGUGCCUCCUCUGAUUUAUGUGUGUUGUGUUCACUGGUAGCAGACAGUCCUUUUAAACACACAUGGUGCUGUUUUUAUCUCUUGAUUCAUUAGAUCUUUACACUCAGUUUAAAAAAAAAAAUGCUACCCAUCACUCAGUGUUAUUUAACGGCUCAGCUCAGGCCAUUUCGUGGACAUCCUGACAUUAUUUGGUGUUUUUUUUUUCCCAGAGUCAGUCCUGUCUUUGAGGGUUCAUGCUCUCCAACCCUCUAACUUAAGCUUUAUCAGUUUAUCAAACAUGGUAGUUUAUUAAGGAUUGCUUCACAGUUUUUCAAGUCUAUCCCUCAUUGAUAAUGGCAUGCAUGUAUUAUAGUGCUUUUCCACCAAGCAGUCCAGUUUGUUUUUCUACUCUUUGGUUCAGUUUGACAGAGUAAACCUUUAUCUUGCUUGCAUUUCUAUGGCCAAUAUCCAUACAGCCAAGGCCACCCAUAAGGAGGGUUUAAGGGGAGAGCUUUCUGGGGCCCAUGAGUAGGUCAAGCAAAAUCAUGGUCCAUUGUAAAGUUAAUCUGUGAUAUGCAUAUUUUAUAUUUAACCAGAAAGAGAGCCCUUAUCAAAGCAACAAAACAAAUUUUAUUUAUUUAUUUAUGCCGUAGAACAGAAUAGCAUUUUCAAAAUGUAAACUCCUUUUCUUAAAAAAGAGUUACCUUUUAUCUGUAAUGUUAACUGUGUGGAUGGGCACAUUGACUAAACCAGCUUGAAAGUAAUUUCAGACUUCAUAGCUAAGCCAUGGUGUGCAGAAACAUCAGGAUAUUAGAAAAUAGAAUAUAAGGGAAAGCUGCACGGUGGCGCAGGGGUUAGCGCUGUUGCCUCACAUCAAGAAGGUCCCUGGUUCGCUUCCCGAUCAGGGCCUUUCUGUGCGGAGUUUGCAUGUUCUCCCCGUGCAUGCGUGGGUUCUCUCUGGGUACUCCGUCUUCCUCCCACCAUCAAAAACAUGCUCAUCAGGUUAAUUCAUAAUAAUAAGAUGGAUACAAAACAAAAGCAAUAAUUGGAACAAAAGGGGUUGUAAGUGGCAUAAAUAAGUGGUGAAAAGCGGUUAAAGAGUGGCAAAAUGGGUGGCUAAAGUAGCAUGAAAGGGUUAUUAGGUAAUUAAUCUACUGAUCCAACACAUAUGGAUUGAAAUCAUCAAUAAAUCCCCACUGCAUUUGUCAGGGACCCAGCCACUUCUGUGGGCAAGCUGCAUACAGCCUUGCCUUUAGUGAUUGGAAUCCAGGCUCUUUUAAGAAUUCUUGAUCAUUUGGCUCAACUCAGUCGUGAGAGCUGACUCCAAAAUGACUAAAAUGGAAAAAAAAAAAAAUCCCAUUGUUCACAUACAAAAGUAGGCUCAUUUGUGAAUGGCACAUCAGACUGGCUAGCUUGUUGUCUUGAAUUGAGUUGUCAUUUUAAUCCAACUAGUGCUCCAUAAAGUUUAUUUGCUAGUAGUAUAUCACUAUUUCCAUAAAAGCAUGUUUAAGGCAGAAUGAGGGAGAAAAGCUGUCAAAGAGGCCCAGCUAGUCUCUUAGCUCAUUUAAAAACAUGUUUUUGUGUUUGUCUAUUAUUAUUGCUACCUUACAGACAUGACACGUGGCAAUCAACAUACUGCAUUGUAUCUAGGACCACCCUUUGGGUUUGGAGAGUUAUGCCUGGUACCCCAACAGAAGGGUGCCAAAAAAGUGGGUGGUACGAAUCGGUUAUUUUGAUACCUUUCUCACUUUUCGGCAUUGGGAACUUAAUUGCAUAUCAUUCUGACCCUAACUAAACCAGACUGCUUGGAAUCAUAUGGAAUUUAAGCUAUAGCUUAAAUCCCAUAUGAUAGAUUCUAAUGCAAAUAUUACCCUUGCUCCAGUAAUGAAUCUUUGUGUCAAAAAUUAACAGCGUAAGAAAAUAAGGGAGACAAAAUCAACACCAGAACCCCUUUAAAGGCUUUUUGUUAGUGGUCUAACUGCUGAUAAGAAAGGUGAAGUCAUGUAUGCUGGAUGCAGUUGGAAUAGGGUGGAACAUACGACAACUAGAAGAUGGACUGAGCUGUGUCGUGGGUUUCAUGCUCAUACUAUGGAAUCAGAAAGGAAAAAACACUCCUUUUCUUAGUAGAUUUGGCGUGUUUUUGAAAGCUUCUUUUACUAGUUUUUACAGAGGCUUUUAAAGAUGGUGGUUGCAAGUUCAGCAAUGGCUCCCAUGUUGAAAAGGGGACGUAGACAAACAUCACUGUAGGGUCUCUCUGGUGCUUGAACUGGAAUUUCUCUGUAGAAAAAGAAACGAGAAAAUCUGUUUUUAAAGUUCUUCCAUCAAUUAAAAAGUGGCAUGUUGUUCUGAUUGUUAUUAGAGAUAUGGAAACUUUUCUCUGAUGAGAAAAUGUCUUGAAAUCAGUGUUUGGACAGGGUCUCUUGUCAGUGGGAUUUAGGAGUUACCUUGGUUGAAUUUAAGAGGUAAUUUUUCCACAUAGUGAAGAUUUUCUCCCAAAAUUUCUCCCUGAAACACUCAUUGAGAUCAUAUCAAAGUGUCUGACAGACAUUCUUUUAAUGAAAAGUGUCUUGUUUUAAAACAGACUUGAAAAAUGUGAACCUUUCCUUGAAAUAUACUCUUAAAAGUCCGUGUUGACGGUGUGAUACAGCUUGCAACCCUUACUGUAUUUGUUCAUUCACUGCAGGUAGCAUAAAGAUAAUAUAGCACUGUAAUGUAUCUUGGUAAAUCUGACUAUUUAUUUGAUUGUGUAGAAGUGGGGGGGUUGUAUCAGAUCAGCCGUCUUUCUCCCCAGCAAAAAUGCCUUAAUGUAAAUAUAUGCACUGUAAAUAACUUGAUUUUUUUUCCCUCUUUUGUUAUAAUUUUGUAAACAAAAGGGCCAAAAGAGGAAAAUGCCCUGCAUCCAAAAAUAUUUGAGCCUAUUUCUUUUUUUUGAAUUUUGUUCUUUUGUCAAAGAUAUUUUGAUGCCAUUGUUUUAUAUAUUGUCCUUCCAAUGACUUAUUUUGUAGAUUUGUUUUCUUCCUAGGUAAACGUUCCAAAGACAAAAGUUGUUUUUUUUUCUUCAACUGAGUGAAGCUGAACCUA